AUGAAGGCUGCCUACACCGCCUAUCGAUGCCUCACCAAAGACCUAGAAGGCUGCGCCAUGAACCCGGAGCUGACAAUGGAAAGUCUGGGCACUUUGCACGGGCCGGUCGGCGGCGGCAGCGGCGGGGGCGGCGGCGGGGGCGGAGGGGGCGGGGGCGGGGGCCCGGGCCAUGAACAGGAGCUGCUGGCCAGCCCCAGCCCCCACCACGCCGGCCGCGGUGCUGCUGGCUCGCUGCGCGGCCCGCCGCCGCCAACCGCGCAUCAGGAGCUGGGCACCGCAGCGGCGGCGGCAGCUGCGGCGUCGCGCUCGGCCAUGGUCACCAGUAUGGCCUCGAUCCUGGACGGCAGCGACUACCGGCCAGAGCUCUCCAUCCCGCUGCACCACGCCAUGAGUAUGUCCUGCGACUCAUCCCCGCCAGGCAUGGGUAUGAGCAACACCUACACCACGCUGACGCCGCUCCAGCCGCUGCCACCCAUCUCUACCGUCUCUGACAAGUUCCACCACCCGCACCCUCACCACCACCCUCACCACCAUCAUCACCACCAUCAUCACCAUCAGCGUCUGUCCGGCAAUGUCAGCGGUAGUUUCACUCUCAUGCGGGACGAGCGCGGGCUUCCGUCCAUGAACAACCUUUAUAGUCCUUACAAGGAGAUGCCUAGUAUGAGCCAAAGCCUGUCUCCGCUGGCUGCCACACCGCUGGGCAACGGGCUGGGUGGCCUUCACAAUGCUCAGCAGAGCCUGCCCAACUAUGGUCCGCCGGGCCAUGACAAAAUGCUCAGCCCCAAUUUCGACGCGCACCACACUGCCAUGCUGACCCGCGGUGAACAACACCUGUCCCGAGGCCUAGGCACCCCGCCUGCAGCCAUGAUGUCUCACCUCAAUGGCUUACACCACCCUGGCCACACUCAAUCCCACGGGCCAGUGCUGGCUCCUAGCCGCGAGCGGCCCCCUUCGUCCUCUUCGGGUUCUCAGGUGGCCACGUCGGGGCAACUGGAAGAGAUCAACACCAAAGAGGUGGCCCAGCGUAUCACCGCCGAGCUGAAGCGCUAUAGCAUCCCACAAGCGAUCUUCGCACAGAGGGUUCUAUGCCGGUCUCAGGGGACUCUCUCCGACCUGCUCCGGAAUCCCAAACCCUGGAGUAAACUCAAAUCUGGCAGGGAGACCUUCCGCAGGAUGUGGAAGUGGCUGCAGGAGCCCGAGUUCCAGCGCAUGUCUGCCUUACGCCUGGCAGCCUGCAAACGCAAAGAGCAAGAACCAAACAAAGACAGGAACAACUCCCAGAAGAAAUCCCGCCUAGUGUUCACAGACCUCCAACGCCGAACGCUCUUCGCCAUCUUCAAGGAGAAUAAGCGCCCUUCGAAGGAGAUGCAAAUCACCAUUUCCCAGCAACUAGGGCUGGAGCUGACCACUGUCAGUAAUUUCUUCAUGAAUGCCCGGCGCCGCAGCCUGGAGAAAUGGCAAGAUGACCUAGGCACAGGGGGCUCUUCAUCCACCUCCAGCACUUGUACCAAAGCGUGA